CAUGUAAGUGCGCACGCACACGUACGUCGACGUAUGCCAACGACAGCAAGCUCGAAAAGAGGACGGAGAGAACCGGCGUUCCCGAGCAGAAUUCAUGAUUUUCAUCCUUUAAAGCCACCUUCAACCGCCAAAAUUCCUCGUCGGCGGAGCCCACCCUUUUGUCCGUCAGAACCCUCAAUAUUGGGGGGUUGCAACAACAAAUAUUGGAGUGUAGAGCCGCUGGGCGCUGAAAACCGCGACCAGUUGGACUUCAACUUGGAGCCCGAGUGGGAUCCCAGCUGAUAUUUGCUGGGCAUCCUUAGGUUUUACUUCUCAGUCCUGUUACGCAUUUCAUAGAAACCUCCCACCACCUUACCCCUUGGAGAGGGGCGUGUUUUACGUUUCUAACAACAAACAAGUGCAAUGGAGCAAAUUGCAGUCCAAGAUAUUCAGGUCGAGGUGUACGGCCGGGACACGCGAAUUCGCGACAUCGUCAACGAUAAAGUGAUCAACUGCCAGGACAGAGAGGAUUCUGAUGAUGCUUUCUUCAUCGGAGACCUAGGGGAUGUUGUUGCCAAGCAUAGGAAGUGGAUCAGCUCCUUGCCUCGAGUUGACCCAUUCUAUGCUGUGAAGUGCAACCCUGAUCGAAACGUGAUCAAACUCCUAGCUGGAUUGAACACCAGCUUUGACUGUGCUAGUAAGAGUGAGAUUGAGAUGGUUCUGAGUCUGGGCGUGCCCCCUUCCCGCAUCAUCUUCGCCAACCCCUGUAAGCAACGCUCCCAUCUGAAGUAUGCAGCCAAGGAGGGCGUUGACCUUAUGACCUUUGACAAUGAGGAGGAGCUGCACAAGAUCAAGAGGGUCUUCCCCGAAGCACGCCUUGUUCUGCGUAUCUUAACGGACGACUCGACCGCGCAGUGCCAGCUGGGCCUCAAGUACGGUUGUCACCCGAAGCGUGCCCCAUACCUGCUGCAGGUGGCCAAGGAACUUCAGCUGGAUGUCGUCGGCAUCAGCUUCCAUGUUGGCAGUGGCUGUCGCGACGUCACUGCAUUCGCCGACGCCAUCCAGUCCGCCCGAGACAUCUUUGAUUACGGAGAGCGUCUCGGAAUCACCAUGGAUCUCUUGGACAUUGGAGGUGGUUUCCCUGGCCAGACAUCCGCAGCUAUUCCAUUUGAGGAGUUCGCCCAUGUGAUCAACGCGGCCCUCCAGGAGCAUUUCCCCACCAGCAGCGGUGUGCGCGUCAUCGCCGAGCCGGGCCGCUUCUACGUAGCCUCUGCCUUCACCGUGUGUGUCAACAUCACCGCUAAGCGCAUGGUGGCCCGCGACAUCCAGACCUUCUCUGUACCCGAGUCUAAAGAUCUUGUAGCUAACUCUGUCGCCCCCAGCCAGUCCGACGAGCCAGGAUUCAUGUACUAUGUCAACGAUGGGGUCUACGGUUCCUUCAAUUGCCUGCUGUAUGACCACGCUACGGUCGAGCCGAAACUCCUACAGGAAAGAUCCAAGACUGAGUUGCAGUACUCCACCAGUAUCUGGGGCCCAUCCUGCGACGGUCUGGAUCGGAUUGUAGAGCAUUGUCUGAUGCCCGAGCUGCAAGUUGGCGAAUGGAUGCUGUUUGAAGAUAUGGGUGCUUACACCAUGUGUGCCGGGUCCGAGUUCAACGGCUUCAAGCGUCCCGUUGGCUACUAUGUUCUUCCCGACAACCUUGUAACUCUCCUCCAGCGCCUGUUUCCUGAUAAUGCCACCCCCUGCUACCAGAAAGCCUCCCUGCGUGACUCCGCUACACCCUUGACCGGGGCUCACUGCGCCCCCCUGCCAGCCAAGCUCAUCUCUCUCCAGGGUGGAGCAGAGCCCUACCUGGCCCUGCCCAAUGAGGGACCACAGAUAUAAGCCCUCCGACUGAAACUGGGAUCAAAUUAUGACACCUGUCGCCUGCUCUGUGAUAAUAAAUAAGUUUAAAGGGAUUAUACAAC